AUGGUUCACACUGAGCCAUCCUACGUCCGCACAGAGCUCUCCUACAUUCGCCGCGAGGCGUCGGCGAUCCGGUCCGAGCCAUCCGCGGUCCACUCUGAGCCAUCGGCUCGGCCCGCACGUUCGAGAGCCUCAAGCGCUGAUGACUUGCUGGUGGAUCUGGAGCCGGAGCUGCUUAGAGGAGUUCCCAUUCAUCUUUGCCUCGGACGUUUUGGCAGGGAAUGGAGUCAAGCAAGUGGGCCAGGAGCGCUGAAAUGGCGGCCUCACCUUUCCAGGCAGACCACAAAGUUCACAUAUUUCUUUAGCCAUGACUGGGGUACCUCGCGAUGGCGGAAGUAUUUGACCUUGCUGGUGUACUUCAACAGCUGGCCGACCGCCUUGGUUUCUUUUGCUCUCGGCAUGUUGUUGGGCAUGUUGAAGUUGGCAGGAAUCCUGACGAACUCGGCUUGGUGGAUUGUUGCUCAGCAUGUUUUUUCACUGUUCGUCCUAUUCUUCUGGCAGCAUUUGCGUGAGUUUUUCUGCCCAGCCCGACUUGCCUUCCUGGAUCGGUUAUGCAUACCUCAACAUGACGAAGAGAUAAAGAGUCGGUGCAUCUAUGGGCUAGCUUCCUUCUUGAACCAUUCUGACAAUUUGGUUGUGCUGUGGUCACCGCGGUACUGCAGUCGACUUUGGUGCAUGUACGAGAUGGCUGCCUUCUUGCUGAAGAAAAAACAGUCGAAACGGAUCCAGUUCCUGCCCGUGCAGAUGUCCGUUCUCUGGUUCCUAUGCUACAUGAACCUGGCAAGCAUAUUGGCAACGGCCCUUGUCAUGCAGAGGUUGGGGCCCCGUGUGUUUGACUGGAACAAGCCCGAGGGGAUCACGGGCAUCCUGUUGGUGACCAUCUCUCAGAUCUGGGUCGUUUAUCCGCUUUUCUUCUACCUCAUGACGGACAUGCCCUUUGGAAUGGCAGAGCUGCCAAGGCAGCUACAGGGCUUUCAGCUCCAAGACGCACAAUGCUUCUGCUGCACGAACAACCACGCUCACCCAGUGACCGGCGAGCCAUUGGCUUGUGACCGCCAACUUAUUUACAGUGUCUUGCAGCGAUGGUCAGGAAUGCGAACACUGGCUUUGGAGGGUUUUCUGGACGAGGAGGAAGUGGAAGAACUUCAAGAAGUGUUCAACAAUCACGUGCAACAGCACUUGACGCCCUCAGUGGAGCGAACAUUCACAAGCAGUGCUUUCCUGAUGCGUCCGUUUGUUUGUGCAGCAGUGGCCGCUUUCUGCCCAUUUUUGUCGGAUUUCGUUGCCAACGAAUUCUUCAGGCUGUUUGAGACUUCCUUUCGAGGAAGUGCAAUCCAAAAUGCAGGAUUUCCCAUCUACUUCUUCUUCGCACUUCUGUGCUUACAGCGAGUGAUCUUGGGCAUAGCACAGUUGGGGGCACGACGCUGGGGACCUUCACGAAGCAGACGCCUAUGUGUGAUUCUUUGCCAAGUCUUGGCAUUCUCAGUGGUGGCUUUCAUCAUUGCACCAGGAUUUGCAUUGUGCGCUGCUUUGGGAGGAAAGAAUCUUCUGGCAUACAAAAGGCGGAGCAUGCUACCAUUCAUACCAACAGGAGUAUUGAUGAUUUGGGGCAUAUAUCUACUACGUCCUGGUCAAUGGAUCCGUGCAUCAGAUGUUAUCGGCGGCAGUCCGAAGAGAUCUCACAGAAAAGCAAAUGCCCCCAAGCAUGAGGUGAGCAACCGUGAGCGGGAGAUGGACAUGCGUUCUGAUAGCUCUGACAGCUCUUGUUUUGAGAUCUGA